ACUUUCAAGGAGAAAAGGGUGGUCUCAAACCAAAAUUCUGCCCGUCAGAUACUCAGCUCAGAUAUCUAUCUUAUUCAAUAGUUAUGUUGUAGUUGAUUCGAAAUAAACUGAAUGGGUUCACAAAGGACGCACUGCUGUUCUGAGAAGUUCAACUGUCCGUUGUACGAGUGGAACUCAGAAGACGACCAUCUUCCAUGCACUCGUUUAGUGGCAAGAUUGUGCACGGAAAACUCUGAUCCGUGAAGAUUAGCUUUCAAUGGGGACCUUUGUCGGACACAUAGUACCUGGCCUUGCUCUUACCCUCCUUGGUUUAUGGCACACCGUCAACACUAUCAUAUCCUAUUUUCUCAAAGGUCCUAGUAACUUUACAAUAAGGUUUUGGUACCCAUUCAAUUCCCCGGUUUCGAAACUCAAACACUUGGAGCUCAUUUGCAUCUUAUCUUUCUCUGUAUGGGCAAUUCUCAUGCAAGUUAUAGACUUCCCUUUAUUUCAAUUCUCUUUCAAGCUCCACAACUUGGAGCAUGCAACCAUGUUCCUCCACCUCGUCAUAUUUGCAGCCUUUACGCUUUGUGCUGAGUUGAUUCAUUCACUUCACAUCCUAUCCGGGGUUGUUGGAAUACUAGUAGCCUCUGUUUUCUGCCAAGAGCUUUUCCUACUUCAUUUCCACUCUGCCGACCAUGUUGGGCUUGAAGGACAUUACCACUGGUUGCUGCAGCUCAUAGUGUUUGCUUCUGUCAUGGCAGCUCUGGCAGCAACUUGUUUCCGAACCAGUCUUCCUGCAGCACUUGUUCUUUCGAUUUCAGUUGUUUUUCAGGGUUGCUGGUUUAUGAACAUGGGAUUCAUGCUCUGGGUUCCUAGGUUUGUUCCGAAGGGUUGCAUUGUCCACUUUGUUGAGGGUACCGGUGAUAGCAUGCUUGGAGCGGUAACUUGUGAGACAAGUGAGGCUGAUUUUAGGGCACGAGCAUUGGCGAACUUGCAAUUUAGUUGGAUACUUUCUGGAAUUUUGAUAUUCACAGGAUGCACAUGCCUGAAAUUUGCGGGCAAAUGCAUUCCAAGGGAGCUGUCAAUAGAGUAUGAGCAACUCCAGAGUAGAGGAGCAGAUAUCCCUGUAGCCAUGAAUGAUUUCAAGGAAGCAUAUCCUUAGUAAACUUACUAGUUAUUAUGGGCAAGCCUUUCUUUCGAGGAACACGAUAAGUCAUGGGUUCGAUCCAUGACGAUGUUUAGUUUUUGUGAUCAAUAAUUGCUUUUACUGUAGCAAAUGCUUAACUAACAUUUUCUUAAUUCUCUAGGGAAUUAAUUUUCCCGCACUCAUUUUCUCGCA